AUGAGCCUUCAAAUCGACCUAUCUGUUUCUGAAGCUGGCUGUCUGUUCCAGGAUGACAGCGAGCCGGCGCAGCAGAAAGGCCAGUCAGUAAAGAAGAAGCGGCAGCCCUUCCCUCCAAAGCACUACAUCGCAACGCUGGAAGCUCUGAAGUCUUCGGAGUAUCCACUGCCAAUUGUCGGUCCUGACGGCAAGCUGGAGUGCCCAGAGGGAUACAUUGCAACCAAAGCAGGUGGAGGUGAUGAGGAGCCUGCACUGAUCGGGCUGGACUGCGAGAUGUGCGUGACAGAGGAGGGCUUUGAGCUGACGCGCAUCAGCCUGGUGGAUCACCAGGGGCAGGUGAUGCUGGAUCAGCUGGUGGUGCCGGACAAUCCCAUAACCGAUUACAACACGCGCUAUUCUGGCAUCACGGCCGAGAUGCUGGCCCCAGUGACCACGCGGCUGGCGGACAUCCAGGUCAAGUUCCUGGAGCUGGUCCCCGCGGAGGCCCUGCUGGUGGGCCACGCGCUGCAGAACGACCUGCGCGCGCUCAAAAUCCUGCACGCCAACAUCAUCGACACCGCCUUCCUUUACCCCCACCCCAAGGGGCCGCCGUACCGCUCAGCACUGCGGAAGCUGACGGAGAAGUUCCUGAAGCGCCAGAUCCAGAAUGGCUCCCAUGAUUCCAUCGACGACGCACGCGCCGCGAUGGAGCUUGCACUCCUGAAGUUCAGGUACUGCACCUUGCCUACUUCUCAGCACAUGCCUUCUUGCAUUUCAGCAUGCUGA